UCAGAGGGAAGCGCUGGGCGUUCAACCGCGGCCCCACGAGCUCGCAUCAAACAGCGGGCCUCCCAAACUCAGCAAACCGCCCGGGGAACACUGAAGAGCGGGCGAUGGUGGAAGUAAGGCGGAUCUUUUUCCUGUUGAACGGAGCACUGAACAUCAAUCGUCCAAUUUGACUGCAGAUUUCGCGUGUGUUACAGCUAAACAGCCUGCAAAAGAAACACCAAUUUAGACUACUGUAAUAAUUUUCGGUUUAACCUGUUUGUUUUGUUUUUUUGUGACGAGAGUGUUGGCGAACUUGACUGCGCUUUGAUGUAGAGACCUACAUGCGGAUCGGAGAUCAGAUUACAAGCGUGAGAUCGCAGCCAUCCCUGCCUUUGAUCUCGGCGCUGACUUUGUCCUCAUUUUUAGGGGAUUGUCCAGAGCUGCGGAGACCGAUAGACUGGACGGACGGCAAGUGAAACGACUCUGCGGGGCGAUGCGGGAAUAAACAAAGACGAGGACUUUGAAGAUAAACAAAAACGUUUAUAUUUAGAGUGGAGGUCAAAAGAGAGAAGUCCGGGCUUAUAAAACAAACCGCCAGAGAGGGGUCGGUCAGGAUGGCUGCUUCCCUCGGCGAACACACCUGGCUCCUGAUCCUGAAGCUGCUGUUGCUUCUGCAUUCCUCCAUGGUUCCCGUACUGACAGAGGAGACACGGGAGUGCAGAGAACAGGAGUACAAGGAUCGCCUCGGCAACUGCAUGCCCUGCAAACAGUGCAACGCCGGAGAAGAACUGUCCAAGGAAUGUGGCUUUGGUUACGGAGAGGAUGCCCAGUGCGUGCCCUGCAGGCCCAACCGCUUCAAAGAGCACCGCAGCCUGCACAAGUGCAAGCCCUGCCUGGACUGUGGCCUCAUCAACCGCUUCCAGACCGGCAACUGCUCUGCCACCAGCAACGCCGUCUGCGGAGACUGCCUGCCAGGGUUCUACAGGAAGACCAAACUCAGUGGGUUUUUGGACAUGGAGUGCAUUCAGUGUGGCGACCCCCCUCCUCCCUAUGAACCGCACUGCAGCGGACGUGUGAACCUGGUGCCCAUCCCGUCGCCGGUGACGAGCCCCAGAGACAUGGCCCUGGCAGCGGUCAUCUGCAGUGCUCUGGCCACGGUGCUGCUGGCCCUGCUGGUCCUCUGCGUCAUCUACUGCAAGAGACAGCUGCUGGAGAAGAAGCCCAGUGGGUCGUUGAGGUCACAGGAAGGUCCGUACUGUGAGGCGGAGCUGACGUGCCUGGACCGGCGGCGGGCCAUGGACCUGGCCCAGCGACCCUGCUGCCACUGUCACCAUGGACACCACGGGCCAGGUCACACCUGUGGCCCGGUUCCGCUGAUCCCGUCUCUGUGCUGUGAGGACACCUGCAGUCUGGGCCGCAGCGGCGAGUCCAGUCCCUUCCAGUCCCACGACAGCCUCAACGACGACAGACACGCCAUCCCAUCGGCGGGGAGCAGCCUGCUGGAUCUGGGAGCCCAUCCAGACCCUGGACUGGAGGCCCACCCCGAGGCGUGGCCCCACGCCCUGAGCCCCUGUUCUGGGGCCCUCGGCGUCCCCAGCUGUGAGUCGAGGAAGAGGAGCAGAGCUCCCAUGGAGGAAGAAAGGGACGAGGAGCAGAGAGAGGAAGAAGGAGAGGAGGAAGAAGAGGAGCAGGAGGAGGGAGGGGUGAAAGGGAGACGAUCACCUGAGCUGAGGGAGGCCAGUGACGUGUUCAACACUUCAUCUCUGGCUCAGCAGUAGCUGGUGGAGGAUGGUUCCUGUGUUCACUCUGGCUUGCGCACAUCCUUGUGAAGUAUGCUGGGCAUGACCAAGAUCCCAUUUCAGAUUAGGCAAGCUCACACACACACCCUCUUUCUCUCUCACACACACACACACACACCCUUUCUCUCUCUCACACACACACACACACAUUCAAAACAAGAAAAAAAGAGAAGGGGUAGUCACCUCCACCAAUGGCAGGUGUCUGACUGCACAGUCACCCAUCAUGUAAAUAAAAUGCAAAAAGAAAUCACUUAAAUGGCACAGAGCCCGUUUGAAGAAACUGCUUGCAACAAAAAAGAAAAGAAAAUGAAAACAUGACAUGGCUAAAUGUUCAGAGUAACCGGUGGUGAUAAGGGGGGGCCCAGCCCAGCCCUGCCCAGGUGGGGUCACUGUGACAACGCACGCAAGUCACGGGAUGGCUAGCUGAAACAUCUGGCCCGCCGACUCGUUUGUGUGCUGAAGGAGGAAACGGCUACAAGGCUUCUCUUUUUUUCGUCCCUUUUUAUGUUUGGGUGACCUUGCACAAGUAUUCCUCAUAACUACUGCCCUCCCACCCCCCCUUCCUCUCUCUCUCUCUCUUCAUUUGGCCACAAGAAUAAAGACUCUUUUCAUGUGGUCAGGUUGUAUGUAAAAUUGAGCUAAAGGAUCUCGACUCCAGACACGCAUCGGAGGGCCUGGAAGAGUGAAAGACUAAGUGCACUGUGGAAAUCUCAGAGAUGCUCCAAUUCGGACCUGUAGUAUACAUACCAUAACAACUCCCACACAUGUAUAUGAUAUACAACUGUUUUGUGUUGUAGAUACUGUAAAAUAGUUUGAAGAAAAAUAAUUAUUAGACUGGUAAUAUUUUUGUAAUGUAGAUAACAGUCUUGUUAAUUAUCCACCUUGUUCACUUUUUGUUGUGAUUUUUUUCCCUCUUGUUGAUGUGCACUUAAAGCAUUUCGGAAAUUCAAAAUUAUUUGUAAUUAAAAUCUCAGAAAC